UUGUAUUGCCAAAUUCAAGCCUGUUCUUUUGCAACCUUUGUCGAAAAGAAUGAUAUCAAGCUAUUACUGUAGGUCUUCUUUAUUAGCAUUACUUUUGGCUGGUUAUUUGGCGCAGAAAUAUGGUUUAUCACCUCCAGUGCCUAAAAUUGCGGCUAUUGAUCUGGGAACCACGUUUUCAUCAAUUGGUAUAUAUCAAGCUGUUACUGGCCUAACAGAUAUUAUUGUUGACGAGACAGGACGGAAAAGUAUUCCGAGCGUUGUUGCAUUUCUAUCGAAUGGUACUGUUUUAGUAGGUUCUAAAGCUGUACAACAACAGGAACACAAUCCAUUACGAACAAUAUAUGAUGCUAAACGCUUCAUUGGAAAAAGAUUAUCUAAAGAUGACCUACAGCUUCAGAAUGAUAGGAAGCGAUAUCCAUUCAAAAUUCAAUUGGAUGAACAGGGAAAAGUGUAUUUCGUCAUACCUUUGGAAAAAAAUACUAUAAAGAUAAUCAGACCAGAAGAAAUUGGUGCAAUAAUAAUCAGUCAUUUGCGAAAAGCAGCGGAGCGAAAGUAUAAUGUGCAAAUUAAGCAAGCUGUUAUUUCUGUUCCAGCGGAAUUUGAUGAUGAGCAGCGGAAUGCUACAUCGUUAGCAGUCAUUGAAGCAGGAAUGGAAACUCGACGUGUAAUAAGUGAACCAACAGCUGCUGCUCUUGCAUAUGGUUUGCACAAGAAAAAGAGCGUUGAAUAUAUCAUUGUCUCAGGUGGUGGUACAUUAGAUGUUUCAUUAUUGUGGUUGCAAGGAGGAGUUUUCAUGACCGUGGCUAUGGCUGGCAAUAAUAGACUUGGUGGUCAAGAUUUCAAUGAUCGUAUGCAAAAUUAUUUAACGGAGUAUAUACAGCACCAGCACAAUAGAGUACUGGAUGACAAAGAAGAUAUCCAACAGCUGCGGCUAGCUAUUGAAGCGGCUAAGAUUCAUCUCACUUCAUUUCCUACCGCUGACAUUAUUGUAAAUUUACGGUCACUUGGGAAAAUUCAUUAUCGGUUUACUCGUGAGAAAUUUGAAUCAUUGAAUGAAGAUCUCUUUGAAAGUAUCACGGAACCUAUAGAAGCAGCACUAAAUGACGCUGAAAUAAAGACAUCUGACAUCGAUGAAAUUGUGUUAGUUGGUGGGUCUACUCGUAUUCCGCGCGUACGUUCAGUUAUCGGGCGUUAUUUUGGUAAAGCACCAAAUUAUGGUAUAGAUCCAGAACUGGCCGUUGUGAUUGGUGCUUCAGUACAAGCUGGUGUUAUCGGUGGUGGUUGGCCUCUUCAGAUUGAACUACCUGCUAAACGUAGAAAACAACAUAUAUUUACAAAGAAAAAAUUUGAAGAAAACCGCAAUUUAUAGUU